GUGCCGCGCUAUCGUGUGAGAAAUUCUUAAAACAAUCACAUGCGUUGUAGACCCUGUACACAUCGUACAGAUCGGUACAGAUGUACAGAUUGCAGUAUGAAAUGAUUGGAGGUUUGUAGUGUAUAGGUAAACGUGUGGGCUUAUAAUUAUGGUGCGAAAACUAAAGUUUCAUGAGCAAAAACUUUUAAAGAAGGUUGAUUUCAUAUCAUGGGAAGUUGACAACAAUCUGCACGAAGUUAAAGUUAUGAGAAAAUACUGUAUUCAGAAAAGAGAAGACUAUACGAAGUACAAUAAAUUGUCCCGUCAAAUACGUGAACUAGCAAGGAAAAUAAAAGAUUUGGACCAAAAGGAUCCAUUUCGGAUAGAGUCAAGUGCUCAGUUACUAGAAAAGUUGUAUAUGUUGGGUCUGAUUCCAACAAAAUGGGAUUUGUCGCUCUGCAAUGAUGUGACUGCUUCAUCCUUCUGCCGCCGUCGACUCCCUGUGAUAAUGGUCAAGAACAAGACCUGUGGUUCACUUCGCAUGGCCACAAAGUUUAUACAACAAGGACAUGUGAGAGUUGGUCCACAAGUUGUGAAGGACCCAGCAUUUAUUGUUGCAAGGAAUUUGGAGGACUUUGUAACAUGGGUGGAUACUUCAGCCAUCAGAAGACAUGUCAUGGAGUACAAUGAAAUGCGUGAUGACUUUGAGAUGCUCUAGAAGUGGCAUGAGUGGAAAUUAUACAGAUGCCAAAAUGAAUCUAUAUGUUGUGUGAUCUGGGGCCCCAUCUUGAACCUGUGCCCUUGGAUGCUGGUGCCACUGGACUUGGUUUCAAGAUGCCUUCAGAUGCUGCACUCUGUGGAAGUGUCCACAUCUCUUUCCUCACUCGUGUUAGAAGGGCACUGAAAAGUUUAUGUAAUUGUAAUAUUUUGUAAAGAGAAGAAUAAAUGUAAAAUAUACGUGA